AUGCAAAGACUCGCCGCCGAGCUCGAUACCACAAUUCUCCCAAGACCAUUUUUCCUAAUCACAACUGAGCUUGAUGGCAACCCACCAUCGAAAACUUAUAAAUGCGAUUCCUGCGACCUCUCUUUCCAAAGCUUUUUCGCCCUUAAGAUCCACAAAUAUUCGGAUCAAGAGUCGAGCAGCCUUCUAAGUUCCGGAGUUUCGUUAAAAACCCCAACUUCACCAAUUUCUGCACCGACUAAGUGCAGUUUCAACCAAAUUUUAGGACAAGAAGAAAUAAUUAAAACCAAUAAAAUUGAAGCCUUCCAGUGUACAGAGUGUAAAAAAGAAUUCAAAAAUUCCAAAGGACUUCAGCAACAUGUUGGAAAAGUUCAUGACCUUGAUAACAAACAAGCUCAUUGUCAUAUUUGUUUAAAAAAAUUUAGACAUAAGCAUGCGGUAAAAUUUCAUAUAAGCCAAGUCCAUGAAAAAACGACAAGAAUUUCCUGUGAAUAUUGUAAAAAAACCCUUUACAAUAAGUAUUUGUUGGAGGAUCACGCUAUAAGAUGCCCAAUGAAAACUGAGCUUUAUCAGUAG